UGUACCUAUAUAGACAUGGCAGUGUUAGAUGAUUAUCUCAUUUUAAUACUAUAUAAUUGAACUUAUUUCUCAUUUUCACAGAGACGAAGAAGGCAAUGAUAUCACUGAUUUUUCAGUUUAUGACGAAUAUCUUGACAAAGUAGACAGACACGUUGAAGAAUACCUGGAAGCAAGGAAAGAAACAGAAUUGCCAGAUAUUCCAGCUCGUGUUGGUCUCCAGUUAAUGGGAUGCAAAACUGAAAAACAACCGAUCAGGAAAGUAGUUGAAUACUUCAACUUUGAUUUCGAGUAUGGAAAGCGCCCAGAACUGACGUCUUUCUUCCAGCUGUCUGAGGGAGGAGAUGAAUUCUUUGUCUCUGACCAGCGCGGGUUUUGGUCAAUGUUUGAAGAUAUCUAUCAACCCUUGACCGACCGAAUUUUAUUGGGCAUAACCGUGACAGAAAUCAAGUAUUCUGACACAUCAUUUGAAGUUACCACAUCCAAUGGCGACAAAGUUAUCGCAGAUUACGCUCUGUGUACAUUCAGUACUGGAGUGCGACAUAGUGACUUUUAACCCACCCCUCCCUGAAUGGAAAAAGGAAGUGAUCUUUAAAAACCCGUUGACGGUUUACACGAAAAUCUUCCUGAAAUUUCCAAGCAAAUUCUGGGACGAUCACGAAUAUAUCCUGUACGCCUCUGAAGUGCGCGGUCGUUUUCCCGUGUUCCAAGACUAGGAAAGACCAGGCAUUUUACCAAAUGGAAGCAACAUUUUAUUGGUCACUGUGACGGAGGACGACGGGAGAAGGAUUUAACGACAAGCAUACAAUGAAACCAAGGCAGAGGUCAUGAAAAUGCUUAGAGAGAUUUACGGACAGGGGAUUCCUGAUGCAACAGCGAUUUACUAUUACCGCUGGUCACGGGACCCGUUUACCCAAGGUUCAUAUUCAGAACCUGUUGUGGGCUUUACUUCCGAGGAUUUUAACAAGCUUGGACAGAUCCUGGGGCGACUCUACUUUGCUGGCGAAGCGACGAGCGAGGAUUGGUAUGGUUUCAUACAAGGAGCCUACUUUACAGGAGAAGAGAAAGGGAAACUGAUCGCGUGUCAAAUUCUCUCAAGUGACAGUGAAUGUAAAGCUCCAGAAAAGGAAAAGCCGAAAAGCAAAGCAACGUUUGCGGCUAGAUCUGCAGCUGGAGUUUUGGUGAUUUCACUUUUGUGUUCACCUUUGUGGAUUUAAACUGUAUCACAGGGAGCUCUCACAUCCGUUUAGAAUAUGAAUAAAAGAUUAACCUACCUUUAUCGCGCGUGUUUUGUGGUUUGU